AUGGUCGAGUCAGAACCAACCAUCAAGCGCUCCGCCUCUUCCUCCUCGCCUGAAGAUGGACUGGAUCCUCCUGGCGCAAAGCGCAUCAAGCGUCACUACCACCACCAUCACCGCCUGCAGAGCCCCGUUAACCCAGCUCUACCGGAACCCGCCAUCGUCGACGACGCUUGCGUUGACCAGCUUUUAAACCGGUCCAUCAGUCAAUAUUUACGAACAUGCGGGUUCGAACUCGCAGACCCUGCCGCGCUGGACGCUUUUCGCAGGGUGACUGAAGAGUAUGUCUUGAGCGUCGCAUCCUACGUGCGACAAUCCAUGCUAUCGAGCCGACGCACUCAGCCCAUUCCUCAUGAUUUUGACGACGCCCUACGCCGUCACUCUGUCCCGUACACCGACCUCCUCCCACACGUUCAACCUCAUCCCAACCUCGACCCCAUCCCGACCCCUCAGCCCACUCCCCCGCCAGAAGAAGACUCUUUCAAGACCCUCCCAUCCUUUGGGCCACAGCUCAGCGGCGAGGACGACCGCGUCCGAAGCUCCUACAUCCCGAAACACUUCCCCGCCUUCCCCAGCAAACACACCUACCGCCAUACGGCAGUCUUCACAGAACGCGAGCAGGACGCUCGGAAGAUUCGCGAACGCGCUACUGAGGAUGGCCGGCAUGGAGAGGAGGCACUGCGCAAGCUGGCGCGGGCGGCCUUCAAGGACAACCAGUUUGGGUCCUCGGCGCGCGAGAAGAAACCCUGGGGCCGGCGCGCAGAGACGAUGGAUAGUAUGUUUGAGAAGACUGUAAGGGGGCUGGCGAAACGGAUGCAGCGGACCGCCACGGUGCCGGGUGCGGCGGCGCCCAUGGAAAUUGAUUCAGGAGCUGGGUUGGAUACGGAGGUCAAGCCGGUUCGGUCCAAGCUCGCGUUAAGCAUUGAGUUGCCACCUAUCAUCAAUUGCGAGCGGGAGUUUUGGCGGCGAGUGCCGUCGUCGGGGGCGCGGAGAGCAGCAGAGGAUAAGCAAUCUGGCGUGAAGAAGGAGGCCCAUGAUAGAGCUUCCCGGGUGGACAGCUGGCGGCGCCGCGUUUCCGCUCUUCCUCCUCCUUCUGAAGUCUCAUCGGUUCCCAUGCGGUCGUCUCAACGGUCAAUCCUCCGGCGCAUCUUAUGUGGUAAGGUAGCGUCAGAAAUCUCAGCAGCGAUGAAAGAAAGUAAAGUAAAAUUCUUACCUUCGAAACAGGCGCACAACCGGUUGACAAACGAUGACACCAGGCUUGGGGAUCCCGCCUUGAGGAGGAUUACACGAGUAUUGUACCAUCUCCAGCAGCUGGCAUUUCUCCAGCUCGACGGGGCCGCCCUUGCGACGCUUCUCUUGAAAGUUCUUGGUCGAGAUGUUGACGUGCUCGGGGAGGGUCUCGGCGUGGAAGACGGGGACGAGGGCUUUGGAGAAAGAUUACUGACGGAAGUGCAUGAGGAGAGGCUGGACGAGCUCUUGCAUAAUCUCAGAGAACUAUACCAAGAAUGUAUCGGAAGCGAUAUCCUGAAGCCUCGCUUGGGGGUCGACGAGCUCGACAAACUCUUGGGUAUUUUUACUGCACCCGUUCCGUCGGGACAGUCUGGAGCAGAUGCUGCACAGGAAGUACUUCAGCUCGACCCAGAGCAUGAUCCUGACGAUGAACUUGCACAUGAUCCACCUGGGAUAACUGCCAAUACUCAUCCUGCCGGUAUCACGGUGCCUGCCUAUACGAGCCAUGCAGAACCCGUCUUGGAGAUAUCUAGCACGUCUUCUGCAGCAGGAAAGACUAAUUUGCUAUACUAUAUCACUGCUCUCGCUGUUCUGCCGGCCGAGAUUAACGGCUUUAAGAUAGGAGGGCAUGACUCGGCGGUGGUCUUCAUGGACACCGAUGGACGCUUCGAUGCCGAGCGACUGCGUUCUGUCCUUUGCGGCAUUGUUAAGGUCAAAUGCGGAGCACAGGAUAUGAGUCGACUUGACGAGGAAAUGGAGAGGAUGACCGUGUCUUGCUUGAGACAUGUCCAUGUCUUCCAGCCCCAGUCUUCGUCGGCCCUUCUUGCCACACUCCAGCGGUUGGAUACUUACCUCCUAGAUCUCGCCCGCCAUGUAUCCAGCUCUCGAGCACUCCAGCUGCUGAUCCUGGACAGUGCCAAUGCUUUCUACUGGCAGGAUAAGUUACAAGAUGAGAUAACUCGCGUCGAACAAAUAGGGCGUCCGGCUGCAGACAUUGAGAACGAUCGCCGCCAGAAACAGAGCUUCUAUCUGUUCGACAUGUACACGGAGUUGGUGAGGGAGUUGAAGCGACUGCAGCGCGUAUUUGGCUGUGCAGUUGUCUUUACCACUACUGCUGCUCCACAUACAACACCAAGCCGUCAUUCACAUGGAUACCGACCCUCUGGACCAUAUGACCUUUAUAACCCUUCUGAUGCGCCUGCCUUCCGGAGGCCGUCGUUCCGAUCGGCUCUUCCAGCACCGUGGCGGACUUUCCCUGUAUUACGAGUGGUUGUCCAGCGUGAUCCGGUUCGGCCGUUUCCUGCUGCGAUGGGCUUGCAGGAGGCUGAAGAGAAUGCGGCCAAGCGGCAGGAGAUACUCAUGCGUGGCCGAUUCUCUGGAUGGGUGAAUAUGUGGGGACGUGAAGACUGGCCGCGGAGAUGGCUCGAGGGUGUUGAGGCACUAGAUGGAGGAAUGUUUUUCUUUCGGAUUGGUAGAGAUGGAGUG